UAAAAAUGGCAGAAGCCGACAGUUUCAAAAAAGAAUAUUUUAAAAUAUAUAACAGAAUUAUCAAUACAUCCCAAUACAUUUAAGCAGAAAAUGGAAGAGAAAGUGGACAAUCCUCUUUUAAUACGAAAUGAUGAAGCGAGUGAAAAGAACAGUUCAAAGAAGAAAACAAUCGUCGUAGAUAAGGAUGAAUCUUGUCUCAAACGAAAAGAUAAAAUAGAGGAGGAAGCAUUACAAGAGUUACGAUUCACUCCUGGCUAUGACCCAAGAUUUCAACAGCAAAAUCAGACACAACGAUGUUUCGUAAUGUAUACUGAUUUUUAUCGAUGCGAGUAUAUCUUAGGGGAAGGUUCUGAAGCGUGUACGUGGUUUAAGGAUGUCUUCACGUCUAUUUGUCCAAACGCCUGGGUGCAGCGUUGGGAUGAACUCAGACUUACGGGCAGAUUACCUUGGCACAAAUACAAAACACAAGGUACUUUUCCCGGUAACAAAUAUGGCGAAUAAAGAAUCUUUGAAUAAAAAUAAAGAAUGUAAUGUUUAAAU